GUAUUUAGUUACGAAAUGUUAGCAAGAACUCCCAAAUGCAAACUCAGCAACGACAACAACUACUAUUUUUUCGGCUUUUUCCUAACGGCGACUACUAGUAAUACUGGUGAAUGGAUAGUACGGUCACACGAAUACCUAAAAAGUGAGCGUUAUUAUGUUAAUGAAGGCUCGUUUAUUCCACAUAACUUGACUUAUUGGCUCUCGUUAGCUGUGUGCAGGUGUGGACUAAUGCGUUAGCCAGUGAGUGUUCUGUAUAUUUACUUAUUUAUUUAUAUAGCAUUUAUAAAUCUUAUUAGACUAUUAUAAUAUGUAUUUACAUUUUCUGUAAAAGGUGAGCACUUUUCUACACAUGAUUCUGUAUUUCGAGCAGAUCGGCUCGGAGAGAGGCUGGGUUGACGACAGCAACCUCCACACCUGACCGCCUCCAUCACAUCCGUGCACGGUGGCGCUUCCUUAGCAGCACGGCGCCACUCGCCUGGGCACGGGCUGAGCACCCGUGAAUGCGGAGCAUCUGUUUUUAUAAUUGCCGAGAGCUCUUUGUUUCCUGAAAGGAAAAGAGAAAAACAACCGGAGGAUCGAUGCCGCGUCGCCGCCACUCAAGCACCAAAAAUGGACCACAUCCAACCGCUGAUUGUUGUAUUUCACGCACGACGACCAAUCUUUUUCUUCAAAUGACACCCUCAACCGACCAAAACAAACAGAUGGUCCUACAAACAUCCAGCAGACUGAGUGUGCCAAAGUGACGUUUCAAUAACACAAUCACACAUACAAACACACCGGCACACACACACACGCACACACGCACGCACACAGGCUAUGGCUCUGGAGAAUUCCAUCCUCCCGCCUCGCCCAGACUCCCUCUCACUUCCCGUGGAGGACAAGCCGGAAGGGGAGGAGGCAGCAGUCGAAGCCCCUACGCCCGCUGGGGUCUUCAACCUGUCUGAGGAGCUGGGCCAUGUGGUCACCACUGAGGCGGCACCAUCCCCUCCCACAUCGACUAAGGUCAACCGGUCAUUCCAAUCCAAGAUGGCCGAGCGGGAAGCCAAAGCCAAUCAGACCAGGAAGAAAACCCAGGGGGCGGAGAAGGAGAGGGGGAGAUUUGGGUGGGCUCGCGCCCGCCGCAAGAGGCAGCGCUACGUGGAGAAGAACGGCCGCUGCAAUGUGCAGCAUGGCAACAUGCGCGAGACAUACCGCUACCUGACGGACAUCUUCACUACACUGGUGGACCUCAAUUGGCGGUGCUCGCUCUUUGUGUUCGUCAUGGCGUACGCCGUCACAUGGCUCUUCUUCGGCGCCAUCUGGUACCUGAUAGCAUACUGCAGGGGUGACCUGGACCACCUGGAGGACGAGACGUGGACGCCAUGUGUCAACAACGUCAACGGUUUCAUCUCAGCGUUCCUCUUCUCCAUCGAGACAGAGACCACCAUCGGCUAUGGCCACCGUGUCAUCACCGACCAGUGUCCUGUGGGCACCAUGUUGCUGCUGCUGCAGGCCAUACUGGGCUCCAUGGUCAACGCCUUCAUGGUGGGCUGCAUGUUUGUGAAGAUCUCGCAGCCCAACAAGCGGGCUGAGACGCUGGUGUUCUCCAAACACGCCGUCAUCUCACUGCGGGACGACAAGUUGUGCCUGAUGUUCCGGGUGGGUGACCUGCGCAGCUCUCACAUUGUGGGGGCCAACAUGAGGGCCAAGCUCAUCAAGUCCAAGCAGACGCAGGAGGGCGAGUUCAUCCCCCUGGACCAGACAGACAUCAGCGUGGGCUUUGAGACGGGCGACGACCGCCUCUUCCUGGUGUCGCCGCUGGUGAUUUCACAUGAGAUUGACGUCUGCUCGCCCUUCUGGGACAUGUCGCAGGCUCAGCUGGAGAAGGAGGACUUUGAGAUCGUGGUCAUCUUGGAGGGCAUGGUGGAGGCCACAGGCAUGACCUGCCAGGCCAGGAGUUCCUACCUGGCCGAGGAGGUGAUGUGGGGGCACCGCUUCAGCCCCAUGAUGUCGCUGGCUGAGGGCUUCUUCGACAUCGACUACGGCGCUUUCCAUCACACCUUUGAGGUGGACACGCCCUCCUGCUCUGCACGUGAGCUCUCACUGGUCGCCGCCAGGCUGGACGCCCACCUUUACUGGUCCAUCUCCAGUAGGCUGGACGAGGAGCCCACCCUGCCCCAGCAGGGGUCUAAACCGGAGGAGAGCGGCCCUGCCAACGGCAAAGGCGGGGCACCCACCUUCAUCGUCGGUGAGAUGACCGACGUCGGCGUGGCGCCGCCGGGUUUGGGCGAGCUGAACGGCAGCGUGUCCACCGACCAAUUGCCGUGCAAGGCUUAGAGGACCAAGACUCAUGUGACCACGAGAAGACGUUUCAUUUCUCUUUUGACUCCUUCACUUCUAGAUUGUUCCGAGUACACGUGGAUUUGUGGUGUUAUUUCCAACCACUCCUGCCUCCAUCAAGUUUGAUUGAGGCUCAAUGUUAAAUAGAUAUGGAGUCACAUUUUUCACAUUUCAUUAGUAUAUAUUUGAAACACCAUAGCACGGUAGAACUAUGGCCACGUUUCACACUGCAAGUUAAUUCCGAUUUUUUUACUCAUGUGACCUGCAUCUAAUUUUUUCAUGUCAAUGUGAACAGUACGAUUACGAUUUUCUUACAAUGCAACUCAGGCCUCGUUCAUAUGUAGAUAUAAAUCCGAUAUGUGUGUGUUCUACUGCAGCCUGAACGGUCACGUUGCAUAUAUCCGACCGAUACGUCAUCGGAAGGUGUGUUUUGCCGUGCGGGACUUUUUAAAAUGUACUCACAUAUGUGGGCAAAAGUUUUUAUUGUCAUCCGAAAAUCAUGUUUGAAAAGUGUCUCGCAAUCGACUCGCAUCAAUGCUGCUCGGAACAGAUAUCAGAGCAAGUUCUCCAUGCACUGCCAUAUCCAAAAGUCUUGCCCUCUUUCUUAAUCUCCUACGUGAAAUUAUUUGAUUAACAAAAUGUUGACUUCCGUUGAACAAAAUCCUUGAAAUUGCCCCAAACAUGCCAUGGAGAGCACAAACUGGGGCAAUGUUUACUUCCGUAAACACAUCAAUGAGUGUGACAUCAAGUUUUGCGUAUGUGUGUCAUCGCAUUGACGUUUACAAGGCAAAUUUUUUUUUGGUAAGGCUUAUGACCACAUAAAAAAUUGUUUUUUUAAAAAAAUCUGAGUUGGUCAUCAUACCCUGCAGUGUGACCGUAGCCUAGACCCAUACAGUAUGUCUUCAUAAGGACUAGCGUGGGCUUUUCCUGGCCUCCUGCCCACUUGGGGCGCUGUUUGUUCGUGACAUUCCUAAUACAGUAGAGCAGGGGUGUCCAAAGUGCAGCCCCGGGACCAUUUGCAGAACCCAUCACAUUAAAAAAAAUAUAUAUUUUAACAAGAACACGAAUAACAAAAACAUCAGCAAUAAUUUUACAAGAAUAAUGUGAACAUAUGAAGAGCAAAAAGUUGUAUUCUAACAAGAAAAAGUCGUAAUUGUAAGAGAAUAACAUCGUAAUAUUAUGAUGAAAAAUUCAGUCAUUUUAGUUUCAUAAAGUUGAAAGAUUAAAGAAAAAAAACAUUAUUUUUAAAAAAUUCGUAACAUCAUGAGAAACAAACAAAACAAAAAAGUUGUAAUUUGGGGGAAAUUAAGUUGCAGAAAAAGUUAUAACGUUUUAAGAUAUAAAGUCAAGAAUAAAGUCAAAAUACCAUGGGAAUAAAGUCAUAAUUGCGAGAAUAAAAAAAUGACAAUGAGAAAUUGAAAUAGUUGGAAAAUUAAAGGCAGAAAUUGAAAAAACAAGUGUAAUUUUACGAGAAUAAACUUGUAUCAUGAAACAAAAUAAUGUAAUUUUAGUAGCAUAGAGUUGAAAUAUUAAAAUUGUGAAAGUCGUAAUUAUGAGAAACAAAAUAAAGUUGUCAUUUUUGUAAAAUUAGGUUGGGGAAAAAGUUAUAACAUUAGAGAAAUUAAGUCAUAAUACUCUGAAAAGAAAAUGUAUGAAGAUUAAUUAAGAAGAAAAAUGAAAUAUUGGAAAAAUCUGAAAAAAGCAGCAAAAAUGGGAAAAAAAGAGCCAUGACCAAAGUUCAUACUAAUACGCUUUUUCACCAAUAUAACAAAGCCGAGAUGCAGUUUUUUCUUGAAAUAUAUAUAACUUCUUAGCAUAUCUACAUGUGUUGCUUAACAAAAUAUCAAAGUGGCCCUUGCAUCCUUUCAUUUUUCACUAUGUGCCCUUAGCUGGAAAAAGUUUGGACACCCCUGCAAUAGAGGCAGGUGAACACACGGGGUGUCUGUGUUGUCAUAUAUAUAUAUAUAUAUAUAUAUAUAUAUAUAUAUAUAUAUGUAUACACACACACACACACACACACACAGUAUAUGUAUAGUGCAGGGAUGAUGUUUGUUUUAGCGUAGUUAUUACAGAGAUUAAAAGCAAAAGAAAGCUGACUUCCUGGUUCCUACUGCCGUGUAUAAAUGUGGUUGUUUUUACUAGAUUCUUUUACUAACAAUAAUCUAACACGUCAAAUAGAAUAAAGUAUAUUCCAGAAUAACUGUCUCCUAAAUUUUGGAUCUUCAUCUUCUUCAAGGCCCUCUCCUCAUCAUAGUGAUGAUGUAGUCUCAUUAGGGAUGCUGGACUGGAUGUGAGUGCCACAAGAAGUCAGCAAAUUGGGUUACUAGGCAGAAUCACAGCUGGUAAAAAAAAAAGAAGUUUUUUUUUUUUACAUGUGUCUGUCGCUAGAGGGAGACAAAGUUGCAAAACGCUGGAAACUGUUCCUGCCUGUCAACGCAGCCUUAUUGGUGGUGUUUUAUGAUGAUGGGGUCCCCAUCAGCUGUCUCCAAGGCAACCAGGGCUGGGGACAAGGGAGAGAGCAGCAUGUGUGAGUGUGUGCUUUGAAGUGGGCCGUCAAAAGUGAUCAUGGAGUAAGGGUCAUGAAGAAGUAAUGUUUCAUAUAUACUAUAUGUAUUUGUAUUUUUUUGUUUUGCAAAGACUGCGAAGUGGCGACAAUAUACUGCAGUGACCUUCACAUAAAAAGUGACCUUGACACCAACAUGGAGCCAUGGAGGAGUGACAUUUUUUUUUCAAACCUACAUUAAAUCUCACACAGUAGCAAUCAUCUGUGACAAAACGAGUCCCAAAAUAGGACACAAGGAGGCAAAGCCAAUUCUCUGCAAGGUGCUACGGGGUGCAGUGACCAAAACAGAAUCAACCUUUGUCACAUGCAAAGUUCCGUACGUUUUUUGCAGGUUUAAUUAUGAUGGCAAUCGGCGCCCACUGAGCCACAAUCAAUGUUUCCCAGCAUACAUGCAGGAUGUUGUGGUCUGGGUCGAGCUAAUUUUGAAUCUAGUAGCUGAGUGCAUCAUCUUCUUUGCAAACUCAGUGGAACAAGGGAAGCUGAAUGCGGCUCAAGUCGUGCAAUUUGGAGUCCAACUAAACAUUUUGCCACCAAGUUGUACAAAACCCGGGAGGAAGCGCUGCCACACUAUUGUAAAGUGCAUUUUUCGCAGGACUUCAACUCAGUGAGCAUGUGAACGAUUAACCCACAAGUGUGUGCCAUGGGUUAUUGUCUCCCUGGGAAAACGAGUUGUAGCGCACACGUUCCAUUUUAUCGUAUGUAUGAAUAUGAGUAUGAAAUGACUCAGAAUAUUUACUGAUCAUUGUUUUACACCAGGGUGGGCAAGAGAAGAAAGAUGGCAACAACCUUAG